AUGAUUCCCCAGUCGAGCAGAGAAUUUAUCGUCAAGAUUUCUGGUUACUGGAAGCCGCUUUUCAAAGGCAGGUUUCUUCUUGUAACCAAUACCAUGAGCUGUGGGGGAAUGCUUGCGCCGGCGACAUCAUUCAGCAAACCAGAGAGAAACCGAGGGUCCCUGAAAAGGCACGUGACUGGGCUCGUACAGGUAAGGACCUGGACCAAGGACAGCAAUCCAUGUUGUAUGAAAUAACUUCUGAAAGACAAUUAACAUGAGCGUGCGAGGGCAAGAGAUAUUCCUAAUCAUAGCCAAAAGAAAAUGCAUAGUCUUCACAAAAAAAGUUCAACUAUAAUAUUCCAAAACACACUUAUGUCCAAUUUUAUGCUUUAUGUUGAUAGGAUUUUUGCAUAUUUUCAUUAUGUUUUUCAAGAUACUAUAGUAGUAUAUAGGCGUCAGUAAUUGCAAGGACAUGUAUUUCAUGUUGCUGUGUUACACUGCCCUCUGCAGGUUGCAUGUUUGCAGUAGGACGCUCAAUGGUACCAGUGGCUGGACAAGUUCUUUCUCGGCAAUGCUCUACCUGCUGUCAGCAAGAAAGUCCUCACCGAUCAGCUGAUUGCAUCACCGACCAUGGCAGCAUGGUAUUUCAUAGGUGAGUUAUGGAUGUGUUUUCUCAAGUUAUUUUCAAGUCAGCAUUUCAGUAUACUAAGUAAAAUCAAUGUCUACUUGGACUGUUUGCUUGCUCUUAUGGAAAACCUCACAACAAAACUCACACUAAAGUGGGGUUGGAGGGACUUCUAUAGAUGGGAACUGUUGUUUCUGUCUUCCUACAGGUAUGGGCAAGAUGGAGGGCCAUAGUCUGUCUGAGGGCUUGGAGGACUUCUGGGAGUUCUAGAAGGUUAGUGGAACAGUAUGACUGUGUUUUUAGUAUCCUAGCCCUAAUUAUUCCCUACAGUUUGGCCUUUGUAUUAGCUAUCCUCUUACCUGAUUGAUUAUAUUAUCCUUCUUUGUUUCGGAAGGCGUUUAUUGUAUCUUGCUUUUUAAUGUAUUCAUUUACUUGAUAAGAAUGGUUUGGAUUAGAAGCAUAUGCCCAUUUUACUCUAUAUUUCUGUAUUGAUACCUCUCUAGUUCUCAAGGUUUGUUUGUGCUCCUUUUCCUUCAAGGCGGACUGGUGUGUUUGGCCCGCAGCACAGAUGAUCAACUUCUACUUCUUGCCUCCUAAGUUCUGAGUCCUCUAUGUCAACGUCAUCACCCUGGGGUGAGACACCUACCUCUCCUACCUCAAACACUGUAAGUGCUGCUCUGGCACCAUUUUGUUACGUUGCCAAUGAAUCCAGUGUUCUUUAACAGUAAGUAUGGUCUCUGCUGUUCCAGGCGACAAUGUUGAAGGAAGCACUGGAGAUAUCACUGAACUGAAUGAGCAAGAACAAGGGGAGUCAGGGUCAGCAACCAAACAGUUGGAAGAGAAGCUCUAA